UAAGGCUUUUGCGUGUGCACGAGAAACAUAUCGCGUGCGCACGAGAAACGUAUGUCGCCACCUCAGUCCAGCAGAUGGCGGUAAUACACUUUGAUUGUAAACUGCCAUAAAACUCAACAGAAGAAGAAGAAGAACGUAUGUCGUGCGCACGAGAAACUCUCGUGAACACGUGAACGUAUGACGUGCACAUGCGGUCGCAAUUUCCGGUUUAUCGUCUAAUGUGGGGUUGAAGAGUGUUUACAACUUAAACGUUUGAAAGGUCGCAACAUGGAGGAAGAUUUUGUUGAGUUUUUGAGGUCACGAGAUAUUUCUCAAGAUGCUAUUGAGAAACUAAAAGAGGAUAAGGUAAAUUGAGUUAUAGUUAUUAUAAUUAUUCUAUAUGCAUGCUUUUAGCCAUUGUAUUUAUAGCCGUUAUUUACUUUUAGGUCAACCUAAGCAUCAUUGCAAUUAUGACUGAAGACGAACUUGCAAAAUACAUUGUUAGUUAUGGAGAUCGUCUUGCAGUUAGAGCAUUUUGCCGUCAAAGACUUGCAGUAUGUGAAACCACCAAGUCCACUGCAAUGCAGAGAUUAAGAAACAAGAUCCAAAAAGGAGCCAAUAGGCCUACACCAGCAAAUAAUGGGGGUUUAUUAAGCAAACUUUCAAGUAUCGGCAAUAAACAUGCAUCUAAAGAGACAAGACGACUGGAAAUUGGGUGGCUUCAUUUUCAUAAAGGAGAAUUUCACCAGGUUCGGACAAAACAUGGAGGUGGAACGCGACAUGUGACGGUUAAAAAGAACGCAAUAGUUGAGGAACUGAUGAUGAUUGGGAAGGAUUUGUUUUUUCCUAAAGGGAUUUCUUCAAAAGGCCCAGCUGAAAGCUAUCUUUUUGAGAUGCGAGAUUUCAGCCAGACCCCAAUUCCAUCCAGUAUUACAGUGAAUGAACUGUAUGAGCAGAGUAAACUUAGAAUGCUACGACUGUACGUAUGCACGAUGGAAAAGGACAGUUCUCCCCAAGAUUCAUCAGACUCGUCCUCAGACUUUGACGAACCGGAACGAGAGCCUAGAGUGACAGAGAGUACUAGCAUGUCAAGAAACUCAGGACAACCACUUCUUCAAACAAAUGAUCCUGUGCCUGUCAGUCAUUCAUCGUUCAUUGAAGAAGAGGAUAGCUUUUCUACCAGUCAAAAAUCCAGAGAGGAAAAUUCGGCAUCGACUCCUGAUGACCAUAAAUCUGAUGAUGUGGUGGUUUUGAGUGAAGAGCCAGGGUCAUCAGUUGAUGUGUCUUAUGAUAUAGAACUGGAGGAUUCCGAGAUCCAGAUUGGAAUGGCACACGAUAAUGUUGCCAAUGCCAUUCUGGAUUCCACUCUUCCCUGGAAUACAGAAGAUGGGGAUCCUAGACAGAAUCCACCAUUAAUUGAUCAACCUCAGACAGAAGGAUCAUCUUUUGCAGAACAGCCAACUGAAGAAUCAGAGGAUUCUGAGAGCAUGAAAGAAAUUCAAAGUGUGAAAGUGAGGAGGGUCAAUAUAGUGAAAGAUGUUUUGGAAAUUUUCUCAAAACCCAAAGUAUUAAAACAAGUCCUGCGCAUAGAAUUUACUAAUGAAAAUGCAGUUGAUAAUGACGGAGUGUCACGUGAACUGUACACUGCCUUUUGGGAAGAGUUUCUUGCUCAGUGUGAGGGUGAGGAAGAACGAGUUCCAAGACUGCGACCAGACUACUCAGAGGUUGAGUGGCAGGCUAUUGGAAGAGUGUGGGUGAAAGGCUAUGUUGAUCAUGGUGUGAUGCCCAUCAGGUUGUCUCCAGCAUUUAUAUUGGCAUGCAUUGAUGGUGUUGACUCAGUCACUGAAGAGCUCUUGAUGUCCUCAUUUUUGAAAUAUUUGUCUGCCUCAGAGCAAUCUGUUGUUGAAAAAGCUGUUCAAGGCGACCUGGAUGAAAAUGAUGCAGAAGAUUUACUUGAUCUCUUUUCACGGAUGGGUUCAUGCUGCUUGCCUCCAAAAGAAAACAUUCGUUCUGCUAUUUUGACAAUGGCUCACAAAGUCCUCCUCCAAGAGCCCAAAUUUAUAAUUGACUGCUUUCACACCAUUAUGCCAACUGGCAUUCUGAGUCUGACCAGACAAAGCAUACUUGAUGCAUACGAUUCAAAGAAAGCUACAAACAAGAAAGUGGUACAAAUGUUAAAGCCAGCAAAAGAUUCCUUGAACCAGCAAGAGCAGCUGACCCUUAAUCAUCUGCACCGCUACGUGAAAAAUAUAGACCAAAGAAAGCUAGAGACCUUCCUACGAUUCUGUACCGGCUCUACAGUCAUGUGUAAGGACAAAAUUGAAGUCAUAUUUAAUGGAUUAUUUGGCCUUGGACGUAGGCCUGUUGCACAUACAUGUGGAGCAGUUCUCGACUUACCAUGUUCAUACAGCUCUUACCCAGAAUUCCGUGCAGAGUUUGACAAUGUACUAAAUGGAGAUUGCUUUGCAAUGGACAUUCUAUAAAUGAAUUAACUAGUGAGAUUGAGUAAGUCAGGUUAAUUGUAUUUUGUGUACACCAGUUAUUCCUUUUUUUUAAUGCAUUUUUUUGUAAUUUCAUAAUUCUUAAAAUUUUAGUUUCUAAGAGGUUUUAAGAUUUUAUAGUUUGAGUAGCUUCAAAUAUGUUUUAAGAUUUUGAAGUGUUCGUGGAGUUAUGGAGCCGAGUUUAAAUUUCCAAUUUCCAUUCUAAAGAAAUUUGAGUUUUAUACAAAAACAUUCAAUUCCACUGAAUUGAAAGAUACAAUAGCUGUGAUAGAAUAGCUAUGCUGUACAUGAGUUUAGUUGCAAAUAUUUGUUUGUUACUAAUCAGAAAUAGUUAUUAAAGGGAUAGUUCACCCAAAAAUAAAAAAUCUGUCAUCAUUUUCUCACUCUAAUUAUGUUACAAA